AUAUCUUUUCAUGUCGAACUAGAAUGUACUAAUAUGUUUAUUUGUUUGUAUUAUGAGCUUUACACCACGUCUGCAGCGCAUCUUUUCCGGCAAAAACAAACGAGUACUACGUUACCCAUAAUCCCUCAUGAUAUGACAAACUUGGGGUCAAGGGUGAGUUGAGGCGAACCUGCUACUUAGCAUGGCGUCGGAAUGCUCUGGGGUGUCCUCAAGCACAGAGAAUGCUGCUGUCCAAAUAGACACAAGCAGAGCAGAAGGUCCAGCUCACCCAGAAGAUGUCAAAACAGAUGAGAAAGGAGUCGACGUGUGCCCGUUCUUCCUGGAAGGGAAGUGUCACUUCGGUGUCAGAUGUCGUAUGUCUCACAGGUUAACCCAGCUGAUCUGUGAAGUAACCAGCAGCUCGCUUGACCCAGCUAUGGCUAUUGCAGACGUUCUUCUUCACGACCCGGAGGACAAACGUGAUGAAGAAAAACAAAAGAACAAAGACCAUAGGCACAAAACCGCUAAGCCUAAAGAAAGUGAGGGAAAAGAUGUCAACAAAAAGUCUCGCAUGCGGACAGCUGAUGAUGUAAUCUCUCGGAUUCUCUGGGACUCUUCGGUGGACGCGUCCCAAUUCGUAGUGGGAUAUGUGGACCGUUUCUUGGGCGUGAUGGAGCGCCCCUUCUCUGACUUCAACUGGGACACUAACCCAGGUGACUGCGACUACACCGAGAUUGCCCUCCCCAGACACAGGAUCCAGUACUUCACCUACAGAAGUCACCGUGUCUGGGACCGACACAGCAGGACUGACAGGGUGUUUGGGUCCACCGGUCAAUCUCUGGCUCCCCCCUUUGGAGGGGAGGAGGAAGUAGGAGAAACACAGCUUGACGACCAAGAGCAACAAGAGAGAGUAACUUUGGAUCACCCAGAAUCAACAAGAGCGGAGCCACCUGCCGGUGUCGGGCAGAGAAUGGAGUGUACUCAGGCUGAGAACACACAUCUGGAAGAAGACAAGCACAGUGAGAUGAACGCUCGCACCUCUGAGUUGGCAUGUGACGUGGAAGAGGCUCCAAAUAGCGUGAAGGCCUUGACAGAUAAAGUAGGGCUGGGAUUAAAAGACGGAGACACCAAUGAGAAAUUGGCCAACGGGGAAGAAAGUUUUGAAGGCCAGAACAAUUUGAAUCUCUUGGCACCUCUCGAGCAGCGAGAAGAGAGCUGCGGUCUUCGUCGCCCUAAAAAGAAACCCACACACUUCAUCACGUUCAGGGCCAACACUCCUGCCAUCCUCAGCUGUUUCCAGCAGCUCCAGGAGGAGAUCUGCGCCCUUCUCCCGUCGUCCGCCCCUCACUGGCAGGACUCCUCCAGCCUGCACGUCACCCUGUGCCUCCUGGUGCUGGCGGGCCCGGCCGAAGUGGAGGCCGCAGAGGAGAUCCUCCGACGCUUUGCCCACUUUGAUCGCAACCCCCCGGUGACCGUGAGCUUCACCGUGAAGCUGAAGGAUUUCAACGGCAGGGUGCUGUACCUGAGCCCCCAGCCUCAGCUUCCACUCCAGCAGCUCAAUGGUGGCCUGCAGGAAGCCUACAGGAGCAAGGGCUUGCUCCACAGGAACUCCUACAACCCACGCUAUCAUCUCACCCUGGCCAAAGUAAAGGGCAGGGAGGGAGAACGCAUCUUCAAUGGUGUGGGCGACCUGAAGGUGGGCAGAGGUUUAAAUUUUGGCCGUUUGCCUGUGAACUCCUUGCACCUUUGUGUCAUCGAGGGUGCCGAUGUGGACGGUUUUUACGAGACUGUGUGCACAGUAACGCUUCGAUAACACUGGGGAACAAAAUUUUUGUUGAGUUAGGUCUGACAGCUGUUUUUAACUAAUUUUUGGGUGUGGAAUCCAAAACUGAUCUCAGUUUUU